GUGUGUCAAGAUGGUGAGUCCCAGUGACUGGCCUCAUGGUACUUGUAGUUUCAAAGUUGCACGUAUUCAGAAGAGCGUGAAGCGGGCUUACUCAUGAACUGUGAAGGAAAUGUUUUAAACACGAAAACUUUCUAAGGCCUAGAGCGAUCCAGGGCCCCCACCUCGGUUUUCUCACCUUCCAAUAUAUGCCAUCAGGAUUAUUUCCAUAUUGUUUAUGCUGUAAUAUCCAGGAAGAUGCCAGGCAUAAAACAGGCACACAAUAAAUGUGGACAAAUGGGAGAAUAACCAUCAACAACAGAUGUCACUUAAGGUCUUAGAAAGGGAUGAUUCCCCAGUAAUAUUCCCUGCCCUGAUCCAAGGUGCCACUCGGCCUCCCUCCCGGGCGAGACUGUUUCUUGUGUGACGCCGGCCAUAGACAGAGACUCCGAUGGACUUACACCGGGCAGCGUUCAAGAUGGAGAACUCAUCCUACCUCCCCAAUCCACUGGCAUCCCCAGCCCUGAUGGUCCUGGCGUCCACGGCUGAGGCCAGCCGUGAUGCUUCCAUCCCUUGUCAGCAGCCUCGACCCUUCGGUGUACCUGUCUCAGUAGACAAGGACGUGCAUAUCCCAUUCACCAAUGGCUCCUACACCUUUGCCUCUAUGUACCAUCGGCAAGAUGCAGAUGGCAAGGAAUAUGACUUUGGGACACAGCUGCCAUCUAGCUCCCCCGGUUCACUUAAGGUUGACGACACUGGGAAGAAGAUUUUUGCUGUCUCUGGUCUCAUUUCGGAUCGGGAAGCAUCAUCUAGCCCAGAGGAUCGGAAUGACAGAUGUAAGAAAAAGGCAGCAGCCUUGUUUGACAGCCAGGCCCCUAUUUGCCCCAUCUGCCAGGUCCUGCUGAGGCCCAGUGAGUUGCAGGAACAUAUGGAGCAAGAACUGGAACAGCUGGCCCAGCUGCCCACCAGCAAAAAUUCCCUUCUGAAGGAUGCCAUGGCUCCAGGUACCCCCAAGUCCCUCCUGUUGUCUGCUUCCAUCAAGAGAGAAGGAGAGUCUCCAACAGCAUCACCACACUCGUCUGCCACGGAUGAUCUGCACCACUCAGACAGAUACCAGACCUUCUUGCGAGUGCGAGCCAACCGGCAAACGCGACUGAAUGCUCGGAUUGGGAAAAUGAAACGGAGGAAGCAAGAUGAAGGGCAGGUAUGUCCCCUGUGCAGCCGCCCCCUGGCAGGAUCGGAGCAGGAGAUGAGUAGGCAUGUGGAGCAUUGCCUUUCUAAGAGGGAAGGCUCCUGCAUGGCUGAGGAUGAUACUGUGGACAUCGAGCAUGAGAACAGCAACCGCUUUGAGGAGUAUGAGUGGUGCGGGCAGAAGCGGAUACGGGCCACCACUCUCCUGGAAGGUGGCUUCCGAGGCUCUGGCUUCGUCAUGUGCAGCGGCAAAGAGAAUCCAGACAGCGAUGCUGACUUGGAUGUGGAUGGGGAUGACACUCUGGAGUAUGGGAAGCCACAAUACACAGAAGCUGAUGUCAUCCCCUGCACAGGCGAGGAGCCUGGUGAAGCCAAGGAGAGAGAGGCACUGCGGGGUGCAGUCCUAAAUGGCGGCCCUCCCAGCACACGCAUCACACCUGAGUUCUCUAAAUGGGCCAGUGACGAGAUGCCAUCUACCAGCAACGGUGAGAGCAGCAAGCAGGAAGCCAUGCAGAAGACCUGCAAGAACAGUGACAUUGAGAAAAUCACUGAAGAUUCAGCUGUGACCACGUUUGAGGCCCUGAAGGCUCGGGUCAGGGAACUUGAACGGCAGCUAUCCCGUGGGGACCGGUACAAAUGCCUCAUCUGCAUGGACUCAUACUCGAUGCCCCUAACAUCCAUCCAGUGUUGGCAUGUGCACUGUGAGGAGUGCUGGCUGCGGACCCUGGGUGCCAAGAAGCUCUGCCCUCAGUGCAACACCAUCACAGCACCUGGAGACCUGCGGAGAAUCUACUUGUGAGCUAGCCACCCAGGCAGGCCUUGCCUCAAGCCACCCCUCCUGCCCUGCCUCUGUGACGUGACCCUCCCCUUUGUACAUACUUGCACACUGAUUCCCCCUGUACAUACAUGCACACACACGCACACACACACACACACAGGACUCUGGAACCAGAAUGGAGGCUAAGGCCCAGGCCCUGCCUGCUGGCUCCCCCCAAGAUUGGGGACUACCUUUUCCCAGUUCUGUUCCCAGGAUGGGGCAGGGAGGUGGGGGAGGUGGAGUAACUGGGCAAGGCUCCUGAGAUCCAGCCCCCCAGACUGACAGACUGACAGACCGACAGACAUGCAACCACCAGACUGAAGCACAUGUAAUAUAGACGGUGUAUGUUUACAAUGUUGUGUAUAAAUGGGACAACUCUCCCUCUGCCCCAUCCCCUCCUCUUUGGUUAUAUGAUUUUCUUUUUUUAAGAACACCUGGAAAGUGCCUCCAGGGCUGGCUGGGGGCUCGGCCCAUCCAUCUCUUGGGGUGCCUACCUCUCCCUCUCCCACCGUGUCCCUUCCCUCUCCCAUGUGCUCGGUGUUCAGUGGUGUAUAUUUCUUCUCCCAGACAUGGGGCACAUGCUCCCAGGAACAUGGUCCUCUCCUUAGUCGUAGCUCCUGGGGCUCUUUAUAAGGAGUCAGGAAGGGGGAGAGGCACAGGAAAUGGGAACCGAGCUGAAGCAGGGGCUGAGAGUGGGGUUGGAUGAGGGUGCUCCUGGUUGCCCAGCCUUCUGCUGAAAACCAUUCCUGGGACUGGAACUGCUGUUCCCAGGGAAAAGUGUGUCUCCCCCGCCCCUCCUGUGGGCCCCAUGGUGUGAUGCUGUGUCUGUAUAUUCUAUACAAAGGUACUUGUCCUUUCCCUUUGUAAACUACAUUUGACAUGGAUUAAAACCAAUAUAAACAGCUG